UAGUAUAUGGUAUACACUUCUGCCGCUACUAUAGAAUGAAAUUGGGUAGUGAUGAUAACAAGAAGUUUUAAGCCGCAAAAGUACGUGGAUAAUAUAAAAACAAAGCGGGAGACGUGUAAUAUCAAAUUGUAGUAUAUACGUUCUAAACCGCAUACAUCAAUGUAUGUUUACAUUUCCAAACUGCAAGCACACAACUCACGUUUCUAUAUUUAAACAAUCGUCCAAAAACAGUGUGACAAUUUGUGAUAUGGAUGACAAAGAUCCAACCAGUGUGAUUAAAAUGAUUAAGGAUUUAAGGUCAGGUUCUGAGGCCUAUCGUAAAAGUAAUAGUGGUCUAUCACUACGAUUAUCAAGUACUGCAUACACAUCAUUCGGUGAUCAUGAGGGAUGUAACAUUUCACCUAAGAGGCCAAGACUCGAUGAAACACCUAAUAGUACUUUGAAUAAGAGUGAGACAGGAACUGUACCAGGCAGUCCAUGGGAAUGGAGGAGACUAAAAGGAGAAGUGGUAUCAUUAAGAACAAGACUGUCUCAUCAAGAGGCUGCAGUACAGCAGCUUCACAAAAUACGAAGACAAAUGGAAGAGGUUUUUGAAAAGGAGAAAAGUAUUUUAGACAUGCAAGUGGAGCAAGACAAACAAACUAUUAAACAAUUAGAAGUACGACUUGAUAUUGCACGCAGAACAAUUCAGGAUGCACGCAAUGCUCAAGCUACAGCUGAGAAAGAACUGUUUCAGGUGAAGACAAAUUUAGAACAAAAGACAAUGGCACUAACGAAUGAAAAUGCAAAAUUGUUAGGCGAUUUGAAGCAUACUUCUAAAGAAGAGAAUAUAUCAGCUCCAAAAGAUGUAGACUCAUCAGAUGCACAACUGAAAUUGGAUGCAGCCCAAACAAGAAUAGCACAGCUAGAGGAAAAAUUGAAAGAAUACCAGACUAAACAGCAGGAAAUGGAAUUACAGAAUGUAGAACUUCAAAAUAUGAAAAUAAAAAUUGAGAGACUUGAAUCAGAAAAAGCAUUGUGGGAAGAAGGAAAGGUACUAACAGCGAGAGCAGCAAAAGCGAGUGAACUUGAGAAAGAGCUUAGUGUGGCAAAAGAGUCUAUUAUGUCAUUGAGAGAAUCUGUUAGAGGGAAAUUACUCUUAGAGGAACAAAUGGCCAAUGUGAUGAAAAGGUUAGAGCAUACAGAGAAAGUGGAACAACAAGUGGCCACGUUAGAAGCAAAAAAAACGGAACUGUUAUUACGUUUAUCAGAGUACGAAUCGAUCGGAAUCAGUGGCGGGCCGUCUGUUUUGAAACGCGAGCUAAAUCGUUUGCAACAAGCAGAACUCGUUUUAAAAGAAGAGGAGGGUCAACUGAAAUCCCGACUGGACGCUGCGUUACGGAAAAAUCAGAUUCUAGCGAAAAAUUAUGAGGACGCGAAAAAAUUGGCCACAGAUGUAACAGUUUCCAAAGAAAAUUUGAAUAAACUGCUGAGUAGGUUACAAAAAAAACUGAUUCUUGUUACGAGGGAGCGUGAUAGUUAUAGGCAACAACUGGACUUAUACGAGAAGGAGAUAACUGUGGAUAGCAAUAACGCAAUAACAGAAAGAAUUCCGGCGUUGGAACGCGCUAUAGACGCUUACAGGGAACUGGUUGCGAAGUUAGAGUCAGAUCUUCAAACGGCGGAGGGUUACAAUCAAAUAGAUGAGUGCAACAAGUUAAACGCGGAAAUUGACCGAUUGAAGGGUGAAUUAGAACAUCGGGCGUUGAAAGGUGACUUUAAUUGUAACGCGAGGGUAUUGCACUUCACUAUGAAUCCCGCCGCCGUUGCGGAGAAGCAGGCGGAAGAGAAGCAGAUAGCGCUGUUACGGGAAUUGGAGGAGCUGAGAGCGAAAGUGGCGCAAGGGGGAACGAAUGCAAUGACGGCCUCCUCUUCCCUUCAAGUUCAAGAAAUAACGGAGCUGAAACAGACCCACGAAAUCAAAAUAGCCCGUCUCAAGGAGGCCUUCAAGGCAUCGUCUCAGGAGUACCGGCAAGCGUGUUAUCUGUUGUUCGGUUGGAGAGUGGACAGGACCAAAGAAGGUCGCUACAGAUUGUCUAGUCAAUACGCGGAAUCACCGGAGGACUUUCUGUUUUUCCACAUUGGCGAGGAAGGGGUGGAUCUUCUGGAAACUGCUUUCUCGGCAACGUUAGGAUCUUUGGUGGAACAAUACUUACAACGACAGCACAGCGUUCCUAUGUUCCUUAACGCCGUACAAACGGACUUGUUUAAUCAACAAACCAUGACGAAUAUUAUGAGUUGAGCAUCUCAAGGGAAAAGCCGAUUCUUAAGUCUGAUAUCCAUUCCUGUAUACUUUGGGCGCUGAAGGUAAUGGCGUCGUACGCUCGUGGGGGUUCUUCAGUGAACAUAUAUUCCAGAUAUGAUUAAACGCAUUUCUACAGA